GUCGUUGAAAAGCAGGAGGUUCCUAGGAAGUCGAUUUCUAUAGCGGAUCUUGGUACUAGUAAAAACGACGCUGGACUUGCCGCAGAUGCAGGCACCUCCGUAGUUGUGCUGGGCUCCAUGUUGUUGCAGAACAAUACUGUAGAGCAAACGACAUUAAAUGGAGACCAGCUGCACACACUAGAAAAUGCCGCUGAAAGCGUAAGCAACGAAGUCAAAGUUUCCGAUAUCGAAAGGAGAAGUUUGUCAAAAUUUGACGAACUGCAGUCACAAGAAAAGGUUGUUGCGGAGAAACUGCAACUCCUGCAACCCCAGGCACAGGCCACGGCGGUCGAAAAUAGAGUUGUUUCCUCUUCCGAGGUCCCUUCUGAAUCACGACCAUCAAAAUCAUCAUCGCCAGCGCCAGAACCUUCUAGCUCUUCUAUAUCUCUUUCAACUUCUACACGAGCAUCCACAUCCAUCCGGCAACUGCAGCAAGUAGAG